AUGAGUCAAAAGUAGCAAGUUUACAGAAAGAAAGGUGAAGCUCCAGCUUAGGAAGAAACCAAAGCAGGAGAUGCUAAGCCUAGAGAAGACAGAGGAGGCUAUAGAGGUGGAAACCGUGGUGGACGUGGUGGUCAAAGAGGCGGUAAUCAAGGAGGAAGAGGUGGAAGACCUCAAACUGCUUAUCAAGAUCGUCCAUAUGGUGAACGCAAACCUCAAUACCAAAGAAAGCAAGAAGAUGCUCAAGAAGGAGAGGAAGUCAAGCAAACCGAAUAAAAGCAAGUCAAUGAUAAAAAUGAUAAAAAUGAUAGAAAGGCCAAUAAUAGAAACACUGAAAUUGAUGAGAAUACUUAUUAUUACAAGUAUUAUUACGCUCCAAGACCUAAAUUUGAGAGAAUUACAGUCACUGCUGAAACUGAAGUACCUAGUGUCCCAGCAAAGGAAGAAAGAAAGAAGCAACCAGAUCAAAAUGAUUUCGACAAGAAGAUGAGAGAUCUUGAUAACCAGAUUGAGCAUCUUAGAGCCAAGAUUAGAAACAUUGGAUAAAAGAAAAAGGAAGUGCUAGAUGGUGGUAAAGUUAGCGGUUCAUCUAUGACCUACAAGGAUUUCCUAAGAGAGAAAUUCGAUACUUUGAAUGAAUUGAGAUAGGAAAAGAGAGGUCACAUUGAAUAACUUCACAAAGUCUAAGACAAGAUUAAGAGUUUUGAAGAUUAAAGACAAACUUUGAGAAAAGGAUUGAGCAGAGAACAUCAGGAUCCUGAGGCUAUUAAAAAGAGCAUUAUUGAUCUUGAAAGAAGAUUUGAAACUACUACUCUCAAGAACAAUAAUGAGGAAAAGAAAAUCCUUAAUGACAUAAAAUCACUAAAAGCCUCAGUUGGAAACGCUGAGAAAUUACUUGAAAUAAAGCCAUAGAUUGAUGCACUUUACACUGAAAAGAAAGAGAUUAGAGAAAAGUUGAAUGUUUUAAGCGAAACCAUUGAGGGUAAGGAUGAAGAAAUAAACAAAAUCAAAAAGGAAAUGGAUGAAGCUAAGGAACAAAGAUAGGACAUUAAAUAGUAAUUAGAUAAAUUUGAAGAAGAUAUCCAAAAGGUUAAGGAUGAUUUGUAAAAGUUAUAUGACAGGAAAAAUGAAACUAGAGAGGAAUAUUUCAAGGCUAAAUUAGAAUUCGAGAUUCAAAGAGAUGAGAUUCACUAAAGUGAAUGGAUUGCCAAGUAAAAAUUACAAGUCAUUGAGCGCGAGAAAAUGAGACUUGAGAGAAUUGAAUCCAGAAAGCAAGCUCUCCUAGAUAGACCCAACCCAUACCUUAAGGAAAUUGAAACUUGCGAUCAUUUGAUUGCUUACUGCCAAAAACUAAAGGUUUUGAGUGGUCUCGUUCAAGCUCCAGUUGAUGAGCAAAUUAAGCAAGAAUAAAAAUAAAUCAUCAGUCAACUAAAUAAGGAAGAGGUCAAGAAGAAGCUUCAAGAUGGUAAACUCGAGAGAGUUAUGACUAAGAAAGAAAGAGAGGAAGCCGCUUUAAUGGUUGUUGGAGGAAAGAAGAAGGGUGGAAAGAAGCCAAAGGCUGCCAAGGAGUCUGAGGCAAAUGAAGAAUUCCAAAUUGAUAUUACCCUCAUCAAUAAAUUCGGAUUCCUCAAAAUUAGUCCACCACUUAACAAGGAAAGCCUUGACAGCAAGAUCAAUGAACUUACUGAAAAGAGAGCUGUUUAUGAUAGAGAAGGUGAUCAAAGACUAAAGGAUGAAGAGGAGAAAUUAGGAGAAGGUGUUCUUGAAGAGGAAGAGCCAGUUUACGAAAAGCGUGAGAGAAACGGCGAUGAAGAAGAAGGUGAAAGAAGAGGUGGAAGAGGCGGCAGAGGCUUCAGAGGAGGUCGAGGCGGCUUCAGAGGCGGAGACAGAAAUGGUGACAGACCUCAAACUGAAAGAGGUCGUGGAAGAAGAGAAUAAAGAGAUGAGUAUCAAGAUGACGAGGAUGAAGGAUAUAACUACACCGAAACAAUCCACAAUAAACAAGGUAGAAGAGCCAAUAAAAAGGAGAAUCUUGAUUAGAAUGAAAACAACUACCCAACUCUAAGUUGA